UAUAAUGCAUUCAGCAGGUAUAUGCAACUGUACCCUUAAGAUACUGCUUUGAUUAUAAUCCUUGCACGUGCUGCAAUGUUUGUCUUGCGCUGACUUGACAGCUGCUAGCUCGUGCCGCAACACAGUUCAAGCCACAGCCAGGACGCACGGAUCACUUAAGCUGUGCUUGCUCUUAUAUCUUUUUUUUAAUUAUUUUUUUUUUUUUGUAUAUACUUUUUAAUUAUUCAGGGACUUCACGGACUUUAUCACUCCUGGAAAUGAAUAACUUCAUAUUGUUUUUUCAAAUAAUUUCACUUUCUUCGUUUGGACCAGCUCUGUGCUCGGAAGAUGAGACGAGAUUAGUAAAGACUUUGUUUACUGGAUACAACAAAGUGGUCCGUCCUGUCAGCCAUUUUAAAGAUCCAGUGGUCGUCACUGUAGGACUACAACUCAUUCAGCUUAUCAGUGUGGAUGAAGUUAAUCAGAUUGUCACCAGUAAUGUACGUCUAAAGCAGCAAUGGAAGGAUGUUAAUCUCCAGUGGAAUCCUGAUGACUAUGGUGGCAUCAGAAAGAUCAGAAUUCCCUCCACUGACAUCUGGAAACCUGAUAUAGUACUCUACAACAAUGCUGAUGGAGACUUUGCCAUCGUUCAUGAGACAAAGGUCUUGCUGGAGUACACGGGUAUGAUAACAUGGACUCCUCCUGCCAUCUUCAAGAGCUACUGUGAGAUCGUGGUCCUUCACUUCCCCUUCGACCUGCAGAACUGCAGCAUGAAACUUGGAACUUGGACCUAUGAUGGCAACUUAGUUAUCAUAAACCCAGACAAUGACAGACCAGACCUGAGUAACUUCAUGGAGAGUGGAGAGUGGGUGAUGAAGGAUUACAGGAACUGGAAGCAUUGGGUAUAUUACGCUUGCUGUCCGGAUACGCCCUACCUGGACAUCACCUAUCACUUCCUCCUGCUCCGACUUCCACUCUACUUCAUCGUCAACGUCAUCAUUCCUUGCAUGCUGUUCUCUUUCCUCACUGGCCUUGUGUUCUACUUGCCCACAGACUCUGGUGAAAAGAUGACCCUCAGUAUUUCUGUCCUGCUCUCUCUGACUGUGUUCUUGCUGGUGAUUGUUGAGCUGAUCCCCUCCACCUCCAGCGCUGUUCCCCUUAUUGGCAAAUACAUGCUCUUCACAAUGAUCUUUGUCAUUGCCUCCAUCAUCAUCACUGUGAUUGUCAUCAACACACACCACCGCUCCCCCAGCACACACACCAUGCCCGCGUGGGUCCGCAAGAUCUUCAUAGACACCAUUCCAAACCUGAUGUUUUUCUCCACAAUGAAGCGACCAUCACAGGAACGGCAAGACAAGCAUAUCCUUCCUGCCGAUUUUGACAUCUCUGACAUUUCUGGGAAACCCAUGCCAGCCUCUGUCACUUACCACUCUCCCAUAACCAAAAAUCCAGAUGUACGUAGUGCCAUCGAGGGUGUUAAAUACAUCGCAGACACCAUGAAAAGCGACGAGGAGUCCAACAAUGCUGCAGAGGAAUGGAAGUUUGUUGCUAUGGUACUGGAUCACAUUCUUCUAUGUGUGUUCAUGGCAGUGUGUAUUAUUGGCACACUCGGGGUGUUUGCCGGACGCCUGAUCGAGCUCAGCAUGCUGUGAGAGCCCAGAGGCCUACAAGAAUCCAGGGACUGCAGUGAAAUGCCAGCCUCAGCCGAACUGUACGAAAGUGCCUGCUCAGACCCGAUGUAAAUGGAACAGAGAGAUUAGUCAACAACUGGAAAAUAAGACUCACACAUUCACUGUGAUUGUCAUCAACACACACCACUGCCCCCCCCCCAUUUACAGUAUUUCUGUAUCACAGCUGCUCACUUCUUUCUUCAAGAUUGUCAGUAUACUGUAUGCAUAUGUAUCUGCAGAACUUGACAGAAUGGAUCUGACCAUAAGCACAGAAAUAUGACAAUGUGUGGCAUUACUUUAUGUAGGAGUAGAUUAUUUUAUUCAGUAUACUUUGUAUUUUAGAUUUUUUCCAUGUGUUUUGAUUUUGGCUGUUAUGAAGACAACUGUUUUUGGUCUGUUUUCCAUGCUUGGUAGCCAAUGUACUUGAAUGGCUUGAAAUAUAUGUCAAGCCGAUUUUGACAUGUUGAAAGAGUAGAAAUGUAAUAAACUGUAUUUGAUUCUAUAAAACAGCAUAUUAAACAAGAACUAAACCUAAA